UUUCCCUUUUUUAAGGUGUAACACAAGAAAAAUCAAGCAACCUAGCCUCUCUUGUACCAAAAGAAGCCGUCUUACCCAUUUGUUUCACUUUGCUAUAUUCUUCUGUUCUCUGAUUUGAGGCUCGUUUUCGCAUAAGAAAAAAAAAAUCAAAACACCAGGCAAUCAUGGCAGACGAUGAAGUGAAGGAUGAGGUGUCGGAACUUGCGCCAUUUGAUCCUACUAAAAAGAAGAAAAAGAAGAAGGUUGUGAUGCAGGACCCUGCAGAUGAUUCUGUUGAUAAGUUAGCCGAGAAAACUGAAGCAUUAUCUGUUUCUGAUGGGCUUGACUUUAGCAAUCUGAAAAAGAAGAAGAAGAAACAAGUAGAGACCAGUACAUUCAAUGAGGAAUCUGUGGAUGCAGGAGAAGAUUUUGAUGAUCAUAUUGAUGGGGAUGAAGAAGGUGACAGUGUUGUCUUGCAACAGCGUUAUCCUUGGGAAGGAAGUGACCGUGAUUACGAAUACGAAGAGCUUCUUGGUCGCGUGUUUAACAUUCUGCGGGAGAACAACCCUGAGCUUGCUGGAGACAGGCGUAGAACUGUUAUGAGGCCUCCACAAGUUCUUCGUGAAGGCACCAAGAAAACUGUAUUUGUGAAUUUCAUGGAUCUAUGCAAGACGAUGCAUCGGCAACCAGACCAUGUCAUGGCCUUCUUGCUUGCUGAGUUGGGGACAAGUGGAUCUCUUGAUGGGCAGCAAAGGUUGGUUGUUAAGGGCAGGUUUGCACCGAAAAAUUUUGAAGGGAUCCUUAGGCGUUACAUCAAUGAGUAUGUUAUUUGCCUUGGAUGCAAAAGUCCAGAUACAAUUCUCUCGAAGGAGAAUCGCCUUUUCUUUCUAAGAUGUGAGAAGUGUGGGUCUGGACGAUCAGUUGCUCCAAUUAAAGCUGGCUUUGUUGCUCGUGUUGGCCGCAGAAAUGCUGGCACAUAGGCUUUUUGAUUUGAUCAAAAUGAUGUCCCAAGUUGAGAAAUUUAUGAACAUCAUUUUAAGUAAUAGUAUCUACUAGUACUAUGGGAUUUUGAAUAGAGGUUAAUAAUCGUAAUAUUUUAUAUCAAGGAAUUUGUUUUAGUUGAUUGCUUGUUUCUCUGAGAAAGUGCUUUGGAAUUCUCUAUCAAUGCCCUGCCUCAUGAUAUUCGAGUGGCUGUUCUUCCUUGUGUGAUCGUGCCAAUCACUUUGUGCUAAUGUCAAUUUGAAUGGACAGACACCCUACUGUUACUUGGUGCGUAGCAUUAAUUUGCAAGUGAAAUCAAGUCUUCCAACACUCCUUAUUCCACCUUAAAGAGCAUUAAUUGGUGCAGACCAUCUUUUCAUUGCAAUGGGCUGUGAUUGCUGGGUAAUAAAAAUG